AUGCGUUUUUUAUUACUCUUUUCGGGUUCCUGGGCUCAGUGUCCAGACGCUUAUUUACAGAAAAAGUGUACAGAUAUCUGCCCAGGCGAAUUAAAUGACUGCACUUCUUUGUGCUCCGAAAACGACUCUUCCUGUACAACACGAUGCCAAGCAACCUGGCUCGAUUGUCUAGCAGAUUGUCCCUGUAACAGCAACUGUCCAAACGGAUGCGCCGACUGUCAAAAUCCAAUCUGCAACGAGCCAAGAACGUUGAUGAUUCUCAACGAUGCCUGGAGAGAUGGAAAUUACGGCUUCACCAUCAAUCCGGGUACAGAUGAACUGAAUCUGGCCUGGAUUGAUUACGGCGGAAUUUCGAUCGAGGAUUCUUGCGCAGUCAAUUUUCGAGGCGAGGUUUGGGUUUUGGGAGGAUGGUUUAACGACAGAUUGGUCGCCAAGUUUCAGGACAACGCAAUUGUUUCUCAGCCCGUUCAACUUUCAAAUCGAUACGUCUUCGGCUCAUAUGGUUCUUGCGCUGUUCAUAAUAACCUCAUCUACAUGUGUUUCGAUGCUAUGUGGCACUAUGACGACAAAUGCAUGACCUUCGACGGUGAAAUGCAAGAAGAAGUGGACGGAAGAAGCAUUGGCGAGCAUGAUUGGUCUGAUUUAAUCGAAUUUCAAGGACAACUCGCAACGGUCGGUGGUUGCGAUUGCUGGGUAGAGUGCAGUGGAAUCACAGAGUUUUAUACUGAUGCUGAUGGUUGGAAAGAAGGACCGAGGCAUCCGCUUUCCGAGAUUUACGGACACGCCAUUACUACAGACGGAGAAUCAAUUUUCACAAUCGGCGGGGAUAUGUUUCCAAGCCAAAGGCACCAAAUCUACCGACUGAAAAACAAUGUCUGGGAAAAUUUUGGACGACUUCUUCAAGCCGAUUCUAGCAAACCCGUGAACAGCGCGUAUCAUCUAGGAGAUGUCAUCUUUACUGGCUCAUAG